AUGAAUACUAGUGCGGGACAGAGGCAAAUUUCUGUGCUGGGACCUAUUUAUAUUCGGAAUAAAUCAGUGGAAGUUCCAAUAAAACGUACAUUACCUGAAGCUGCUGAAGAGGAAAACAAACUGGACGUCACCAAAUACAAAAUACCAACCCCAAACAAAACCAGGCGGCCCAUACGGAAUGGAACGGCAAAGACGGACACGUACAUUAACACAACGGUUGUCAGUUCGAAUGGUAAUAGUUGUUCCGAAAUUCAACAACGCGGUCAAGAAAAAGAGAACAUCAUUGGGGAUGAGGAAACAAAAGCGGUAUGCCAAAAUUUGAAAAAUGAAGAAAAACAGCCUGCUGAUCCAAGAAUAAAUAUUGAACUUGAAACAGAUACAGAUGCAGAAAAUAUGCUGCACAGCUUCGACAAUAUCCUCAUUGGCGACAAAGAAAUGAAAGAUCUGACUUUCAAGAUCAGCUCCACAGAAGACAAUUAUGUUCAAAACAUUUACAAGUCAAAGGCAUUACUAGCCCAGGGUAAAGCACAGAACACCGGGGAAAAUGGACAGAAAUCUUGUGAAUGUCGACGGCGGGAAAACGUACACAAACAUUCAAAACACAAACGCAGCAAAUCUCACGACUCAUCAUUAGUGAGCCCGUUGAACACUCCUGACACGAAACACAGCAGCGAGGGUAUGGACUUCUUAACGAGGCACAGGCGGAGACUAGCGAAGCUGAAGAGGAAAUUCUUUGAAUCUCAGCCAGUGUCUCAACCGUUACCAUUACCGGUUGCCAUAGAUACUUGCAAUUCUUUAGAGGAUAUCGAAAACCUACAGAGUGUUGAUCUUGAAGAUCUGGAGACGGUCAAAACUGACGACAGCCAUUCUAUCGAACCAAAUAGUGCUUUCUCUCCUCAAAACGGGCCUGACGAAAAUACUCAAGAAAAUGAAGAACCACCAGAGCGCAAAGAGUUCGAGAGAAACGCCUGUAGAGGUACCGGUAACCAGGAGCGACGUCGCCGCCACUCCACCUAUGAGACGUCAGACAGGAUGACAUUUGAAGAGCUUCGCCACCGCUGGUCCUCCACACCACAGAGUGAACACUUCGUUGUGAUUGCUAUAGAUUUCGGAACAACAUACAGUGGAUAUGCGUAUAGUUUUGCGCACGAUCCAGACACGAUCCUGCUGAUGCGGCGGCAUGAGAGCGGGGAGCCAGGUAUUUUCGACCAGAAGAUUCCCACCACCAUUCUCCUCACGCCGGAAGGUCAAUUCCAUUCGUUCGGCUUCCAGGCGCGAGAUUUCUAUAACGACCUUGACCCGAAGGAUGCGACUAAGUGGAUGUACUUUGAUAAGUUCAAGAUGAUGUUAUAUAAUGAUGGGGGUCUGAGGGAAGACUCCGUUUUGAGAACCAUUUCCGGAAAAGAAGUCAGCGCCUUAAAGGUAUUCUCCUACAGUCUGGCUUACUUUAAGGAUCUUGCCACACAGGAAAUAUGCGACCAAUCAACGCUCAGGGUCUCCAAUGACGUCAUUCGUUGGGUCAUAACAGUGCCCGCUAUUUGGAAAGCCUCGGCUAAGCAGUUUAUGCGUCAAGCGGCUUACGAGGCUGGAAUCGUGCCGCCAAACGACCCUGAGCGACUCCUGAUAGCGCUCGAACCGGAAGCGGCAUCAAUUUACUGUAGACGCUUGAUGUCUUCUGCAAGCGGAAACUCGCCUGCCAAAAAUGUAUCAUCGGAUAUCUCUCGGGCAUCUUCGUUGAGUUUACCAGAGCUAAGAUCUACAGAAGUUAGCCUCGUUCCGAAUGAUCUGGAGAAAGGCACACGUUACAUGGUGGUGGAUUGCGGAGGCGGCACGGUCGACAUCACGGUGCACGAGCUCGUUGCUGGCGGGCGCCUCCGGGAGCUGCAGAGGGCGUCCGGCGGUGCGCACGGCUCCAUUGGCGUCGAUGAGGAGUUUGAGCGGCUGCUGUCCUUCAUAUUUGGGGCGGAAAUUAUUCAGCAUUUCCGGCGGAAGCGGCCAGCGGGCUGGGUGGACCUAAUGGCGACGUUCGAAUCUCGGAAGCGCACAGCCAGUCCCUACAGGCAAUCGAGUAUCACCGUCACCCUCCCCUUCUCCUUCAUAGAGUUCUUCAAGAAAUGCAGGGGUGCCUCGGUAGAGACGGCUGUGAGGAAAUAUGGUGACCCGGAAGUCACGUGGACGUCAAGCGGAAUGCUUCGGCUCUCACCGUCGAUUAUGCGGCGCCUCUUUUUGCCCACAGUAGACCGAAUCAAGCAGUCCAUCGGCGAUGUGCUGAACAAUCAAGUCAUAUCUGGCAUCUCAUACAUGUUUCUCGCGGGUGGGUUUGCGGAGUCUUCCAUCAUUCAGCACGAGCUCCGAAAGGACUUCGGCGCCAUCUUGAAAAUUAUCAUUCCGCGGGAAGUGUCCAUGGCCGUGUUGAAAGGUGCAGUGUGUUUUGGCAUGGAUCCGCACGUGAUAUACUCCCGCUGUUCCGCUAUGACGUAUGGUGUCGGCGUUCUUCACAGAUAUGACGUCACCAAGCACCCGGCUGACAAACUUAUCACUAAGGAUAACAUGGACUGGUGCACGGAUGUGUUUGACGUGUUUGUGAGAGCGAACCAGUCCGUCGAGCUCGGGGAGAGCAUCUCGCGACGCUACACACCGGUUCGCCGGGACCAGAUGGCAACGGCAAUAAGUAUUUACGCUACGGAAAGCGAGGGCGUCAUGUUCAUCACAGACCCGGGCGUAAGCCUGUGCGGAACGUUAUCGUUAACGUUUAGCGAGAACGUUCCGAAGGGUCAACGUCGAGAAAUCAGAACGGAAAUGAUGUUUGGUGACACUGAAAUACGCGUAAGAGCGCUGGACGUCGCUGAUAACAACACAGUAGAGGCCGGAAUCGAUUUCAUCAACUAUUGAUAUAUGACAAAGCAAGAUAGCAUGCGUAGUCUAUUAUUACAUUACGCACUUUCAUUUGAGUCAA